AUGAGCUUCGGAUCCGAGCACUACUUGUGCUCCGCCUCCUCCUACCGCAAGGUGUUCGGGGACGGCUCGCGCCUGUCCGCGCGCCUCUCCGGGGCCGGGGGCUCGGGCAGCUUCCGCUCGCAGUCGCUGUCCCGCAGCAAUGUGGCCUCCACGGCCGCCUGCUCGUCGGCCUCGUCUCUCGGCCUGGGUCUGGCCUACCGCCGGCUGCCCGCCUCCGACGGGCUGGACCUGAGCCAGGCGGCGGCGCGCACCAACGAGUACAAGAUCAUCCGCACCAACGAGAAGGAGCAGCUACAGGGCCUCAACGACCGCUUCGCGGUGUUCAUCGAGAAGGUGCACCAGCUGGAGACGCAGAACCGCGCGCUCGAGGCCGAGCUGGCCGCGCUGCGGCAGCGCCACGCCGAGCCGUCGCGCGUCGGCGAGCUCUUCCAGCGCGAGCUGCGCGAGCUGCGCGCGCAGCUGGAGGAGGCGAGCUCGGCGCGCGCGCAGGCCCUGCUGGAGCGCGACGGGCUGGCCGAGGAGGUGCAGCGGCUGCGGGCGCGCUGCGAGGAGGAGAGCCGCGGGCGCGAGGGCGCCGAGCGCGCCCUGAAGGCGCAGCAGCGCGACGUGGACGGCGCCACGCUGGCCCGCCUGGAUCUGGAGAAGAAGGUGGAGUCGCUGCUGGACGAGCUGGCCUUCGUGCGCCAGGUGCACGACGAGGAGGUGGCCGAGCUCCUGGCCACGCUGCAGGCGUCUUCGCAGGCCGCCGCCGAGGUGGACGUGGCUGUGGCUAAGCCGGACCUGAGCUCGGCGCUGAGGGAGAUCCGCGCCCAAUAUGAGUCCCUGGCCGCCAAGAACCUGCAGUCAGCCGAGGAGUGGUACAAGUCCAAGUUUGCCAACCUGAACGAGCAGGCGGCGCGCAGCACCGAAGCCAUCCGAGCCAGCCGAGAGGAGAUCCACGAGUACCGGCGCCAGCUCCAGGCGCGUACCAUUGAGAUAGAGGGCCUGCGCGGGGCCAAUGAGUCCCUGGAGAGGCAGAUCUUGGAACUGGAGGAGCGGCACAGCGCUGAGGUGGCCGGCUACCAGGAUAGCAUUGGGCAGCUGGAGAAUGACCUAAGGAGCACCAAGAGCGAGAUGGCACGCCACCUUCGGGAAUACCAGGACCUGCUCAAUGUCAAGAUGGCCCUUGACAUUGAGAUAGCGGCUUACAGGAAACUGCUAGAAGGCGAAGAGACACGAUUUAGCACCAGUGGGUUAAGCAUUUCAGGGCUGAAUCCGCUUCCCAACCCCAGUUAUUUGCUCCCUCCUAGAAUGCUUAGUUCUACAACCUCCAAAGUCUCAUCCACUGGGCUAUCACUGAAAAAGGAGGAAGAAGAGGAAGAGGAAGGGGCUUCUAAGGAAUCCUCUAAGAAAACAUCCAAGAUAGGGGAAAGUUUUGAAGAAACUUUGGAGGAAACGGUAAUAUCUACCAAGAAAAUCACUGAGAAGUCAACUAUAGAAGAAAGCACCAUUUCAAGCCAAAAAAUGUAGUUCCAUUGCUUAAAAUAAGUUAAUGCCUAAGAGGGAAUGCACUUGGCUUAUUCACAGCUUACUCCUGAACCACAGCACCUACCACCGCUAUAGAAUGUCUCCAAGGCUUCACUGUCAUAUUCAGUACCGAAUCCUUGCUUUCUCCACUAGGAAAGCCGCCCGUAGAUGGAGCAGUCAGAGGAGUUCUCUAAGAACGCAGCUUUCUCACCCGCAGCCCAGGCUUCAUAGUGACAGGUGACUCAGGGACAAAGGAAGUUCCAGUGGAGGUGCUAAACCUGGUCAUCAUCCUCUGUGGGCUGAAGCUGAAACCUGUUUAUCCACUAUGCCACACCAGUACCCAGCUAUGGGAUCUUACUGUAGAUGCCUAAAACCAUAAAGUCACUGCCGAGGACAAAUUAGUGGUCCAGACACCAUUACCCCAUUCUGCUCUGAUAGAGCUGAGUCACAAAUGAUAGGUGUUUCUCUCGUGGGCACGUUUCUUUCACUCUCCUCAAUUUCAUAUUUCCUCUUCUUCCACCCAAGAGUAGGGGAAAAGGCUAAGUGUAGUAUUCCCUUCUAAACUCACAUAAAACAUAAACCCUUUAGCUCUCUUUGCGCAGUGGGUAAAAUUAGAUGCAUGUUGAUCAUUUCUGUGAUUUGUGUAAUAACUUAUCCCUGCCCCUUUCAUGUCCUUUCAUAUUUCUAGCUUAAAAAAUUAAUGAUAAUGGCAGUGAUUGAUUUUAAGGGUUUUACAAAAAUAUGAAAGGGAUCUCUAGAUUUUAGGCUUCCAGCUUGUCCAAAUUCACUUAAUUAGAGGGGGGGAACACUACCUUAAAUGGUGUAGCUUUUCACUUUAACGUUAGAAGCACAGUGAUAGUGAUGCUACGCUGUGGUUAAGCUGACCUUAGACUUAGUAGAGUAAGGAAAGGAGGUGAAGGACCAAGGUCUCCUCCGUGUCGGUUUCCGUGUAGUGGGAUAGAAUUAGCUUUUUCAUACCCAUGCCCUAGAAUCUGCAUAGCCCCUUCCCAUGAGCCCAGGUCCUCAAGAGACCUUGCUUUGUAAGAGUGCUACGUGUAGGACAUUUUAUCACCACACACAAUGCUACUGCCCAAAAGUGAAAAAAUCACAAGCACUUCUGGUCAGUCCACACCAAAACCACCAGCAAAUAGUUUUUUUAAAAAAGGAAAAAUAAAUCUCCCUCAGAGUCUUCCCCAGCAGUGUGGCGUUGCUCCAGAAGGUGGGUGUCCCCACCCCUGAGGAAAGGCAGAUGCAUUCAGGGUCCAGGAGGUGCAUGGACACUCCUCCCCUGUCUCAAGGAGGCAGCCACAUGUCCCGUGUGCCCCGUGUGCCAAAUUUGAUGCAGGAUUUGCCCUUUCUCUCUAACCAGAGCUAUAGAGCUGUCUAUCCUGUCCCCGCCACCUCAUCACAAGUUCUGUGCUGAUAAGGACAUAAUGCUUCUACUGAACUCUCAUUCUAGCACACGCUUCAAUAGUUCAAGGAACCGGAGAGGCACUUCCUGACCGAUCCCCUCUUGACCCCCCCCACACACUUACUGUAAGACAUUAGUAAUAGAGAAAAUUAAACGUCAUUAAUCCUACCAA